AUGAGAGGUGUUGCUUGGAACUGUAGAGGGUUGGGGCAGACCUCUACAGUUCUGGAGCUGAAGUCCCUGCUCAGAUCGCGCUCUCCGGAUUUUGUGUUUUUGACUGAGCUCAAGGUGGAUGCCAAUCCCCUGGUACGUACUCUGAAAGCUUUUCACUUUUAUUUUCAUAUCUAUGUGCCGCCCAUUGGUAUUGCUGGCGGAAUCAUUUUAGCUUGGAAGUUUGGGUUUUCUUUUGAAUGUAUCGCGUGCUCUCGUAAUCAUAUAUCGGGCAUAGUCUAUUCGGACCCCCCUUCCAACCCGUGGCUCCUCUCGUGUGUGUAUGGUCCGCCCUACAUCCAUGCAAAGAAGCAUUUUUGGAAUGAGAUCAUGGCGUUAGGGGAUAGAUACGGUGGUCCUUGGUUGAUAUUUGGUGAUACCAAUUUUGUCCUUAAUUACUCUGAGAGGGAGGGGUCGUCGGGUAGAGACCCCUUUAUCCCUUUCAUUUCAAACUUGGUGGAGUCCCGUGGCCUAAUUAAUAUGCACAUCCAAGGGGACAUGAUGACUUGGGACAACCACCGUUCGGGAGAAAGCCAUGUGAAAUCGGCCCUGGAUAAAGGAAUUAUGAAUGCAGCCUGGCUUCAGCUUUUCCCUAAAGCUAGUCUCUGCUCGGUCCAGACGAGCACUUCUGAUCAUAGACCGUUGUGUCUUGAUACGGCAGGGUCUGAGCCUAAGUUUAAGAAGUGUUUCAAGUUUGAGGAAAGUUGGACGAGAGAUGUUAGAAGCAAGCUUGUUGUUGCCAACGCCUGGGAUUCUGUUUGCCACCUAUGGGCACCCGCCCGAGUCUUCAAAAAGAUUGGGGCUACUAGAGUGGCGUUCCUUCAGUGGAAAAGAACGCAGUUUGGGAAACUCGAUGUGGAUAUCAAAGAUUUGGAGAUGGAGCUUGAGAGAAUUCAGAGGAUGCCUGCAGGCUCUCGAAACUGGAGUUUGGAGUGUGACAUCAGACGGAACCUAAAUGAAGCUAGAACCAGGAAAGCUAUUUACUGGAAACAAAGGGCGAGAAUUGACUGGCUUAAGGAUGGAGACAAGUGCACCAAAUUUUUCUUCCUCUCUGCAGCUAUUAGAGGAAGAAGGAAUGCCAUUGAUUGCAUCUUGAACAAACAUAAUGUUUGGAUAAAUGAGAGAAAAUUAAUUGGUCAGGAAUUCUUGGACUUUUUUAAGGAUAUUUUCUCUGAUUCUACCAAUGAAUGGCCUCUGAAUUGUGGACAUUUAUUUAGGGAAAGGAUUUCUCCUGAGGACCAGGUUGGGGUAGUUGAGGCCCCAUCCCGUGAAGAAAUAAGAAGCACUCUUUUUGCCAUGAGCAAUCAUAAAGCCCCUGGGCCUGAUGGAAUGUCUGUCUUAUUUUUCAAACACUACUGGGAGUUUGUUGGGAAUGAUUUCUGUGAUGCUGUUGUUGACUUUUUUGACAAAGGUAGAAUGCAUAGGGGUGUGAAUUCCACGAAUGUUGUGCUAAUUCCUAAGGUGCAAAACCCGAAGAGACCGAAUCAUUUUAGGCCCAUUUCUCUCUGCAAUGUGACGUAUAAGGUCAUUUCCAAAAUCAUUGCAAAUAGAAUCAAGCCUAUUCUUCCCUCGAUCAUUUGUCCAACUCAAGCUGCUUUUGUCCCAGGAAGGAGUAUUCAAGAUAAUAAUGUGUUAGUGCAAGAGAUUAUCCACUCUUUCAAUAAGAAGAGAGGAAAAGAGGGGUUAUUUGCGAUAAAAAUUGACUUGGUCAAAGCUUAUGAUAGACUAAGUUGGAACUUUAUUGACCAUGUCCUUGGCUGUUUUGGGUUCCCCCAAAAACUUUGCAGAUGGGUCACUCAAUGUAUUUCCACUUCCUCCCUCAAUCUUUGUCUCAAUGGUGGGCCGGUGGGGAAGAUCACACCCUCGUGCGGUAUCCGUCAGGGUGACCCGUUAUCCCCCUACCUUUUCAUCUGUGCGGCUGAAGUGCUCUCAAGACUUCUAGAAGAAGCGAUUGGGGAGGGGACUAUCCAUGGGAUUAAACUAAGUAGGGGGGGUCCGGUGCUAUCCCAUAUUUUCUUUGCUGAUGAUCUCAUAUUAGUGGGCCGGGCUAACCUAAAUGAAGCUAAAUCCUUUUGGGAUUGUUUGGAAAAGUUUUGCUCGUGGUCUGGGCAGAAGGUCAACAAACUUAAGACGUCAAUUUUCUUCAGUAAAAAUACCCCGAUCGGUAUGAGGAGAGGAAUUAAGGAAGCUCUUGGGAUUGGUACCCCUGAGGGGGUUCUUAAGUAUUUGGGUUUGCCACUGUUCAGAUCAAGGCAAAAAGAUGCUGAUUUUAAUUUCAUUCUGGACAAUCUUACAUCUAAACUUCAGGGGUGGAAGGCUAAAACCUUAUCAAAAGCGGGAAGGGCUACCCUAAUCAAAUCUGUGGGUUUGUCCAUGCCCAUCUAUGCCAUGCAAACCACCAAGUUGUCGAACCGACUUGUGAAUCGGAUUGACGGUUUGAUCCGUGAUUUCUGGUGGGGCUUUGAGAAAGGGAACCAUGGCCUUUACCUCAAAGCGUGGGAUAAACUGUGUCUCCCCAAGUCUUUAGGGGGACUGGGAUUUCGGAAAACCAAUGAGAUGAACCUUGCUUUUUUGGCUAAGUGGGGUUGGAAUCUGCUGACAGGGAGCCAGUCUUUAUGUUGCAAGGUCCUUAAGGCUAAAUACCUAAGGGGUAAGGACUUCUUCCAUUGCAGAUAUAGAGAUUCUGACUCCUGGUUUUGGAAGAAUGUCGUUAAAGCAAGUGAAAUACUCCGGAAAGGGGCCUGUAAAAGGGUGGCUGAUGGAAGAGACACUAGCAUCUGGAGGGAUCCGUGGAUCCCUCACUUGAAAGGUUUCGUCCCGAAACCAAACCAAAGUGUUGUUAUGGAUAAUAGUUGUGUCGCUGAUCUAAUGUUGCCUUCGGGAGGGUGGGACGUCCCUAAGAUUAAACAUCUGUUUGACCAAGAGACGGUGUUAGCUAUUCUGAAAAAUGGUACCCCCCCUGGUUUGGGUCAGGAUAGUUGGAUGUGGACCUUGGAAAGUAAUGGGCGGUUCUCUAGUAAAUCGGCUUAUCUGUCCCAGGCUUUGGAGAGAGCUCCCCAGUGUAAUGUUGCCCCUGCGCUUUGGAAUAAACUUUGGAAUAGUAACAUCAUGGAGAGACAUAAGGUUCUCUGGUGGUGCAUCCUUUCCCAAGCUCUCCCUGUUAGAGCUGUGAUUAAACGAAGACUUCAGAUUGAUGAUACCAGCUGUCCGUUGUGUGGUAGGGGUGAGGAAUCUAUGGAACACUUGUUUCUAACCUGCGAUGUGGCGAUGCACUUAUGGAGGUCUUCUCCGUGGGGGAUUUUCCCUGUGUGUGACACCGGUGUUCGUGUUUGGGAUUGGGUGAAGUUCAUUUGGAGCCUUAAUAGCCGGGGUCUCCGAGUGGACGAUGUCUUCCUUUAUGCCUCGUUUGUAGUGGACAACAUCUGGAGGAUGCGCAACGACGUCAUACACAAUAAUUGCACUCCUAAUGUUCUUAAAUGUAUUGACCAUAUUUGUUCUUCUUUUGCAGAUGCACAUACUUCUCUCUUGCAUAGUCCUACUCCGCCUGGGAAGGACAUCUGGAUGCCUCCACCACUGGACUGGAUAAAAUUAAACUGUGAUGUUCGCGUGGGUUUGGAGAGUAUGUGCACAGCUGUUGUUGCUAGGAAUCAUCUGGGGAGGGUGGUUUCUAUUCACACGGCUAGAUUGGAUUUCUCGGAAGCUCUUUGCGGAGAAGCGGCGGCCUGUUGCAUGGCGGUGUCGGUUGCUUUAGAUUUAAAGUAUAAUUAUGUUAUUGUGGAGAGUGACUCGAGACUAGUAAUCAACGCUCUCAAUGGGAAGGCGUCUCAUUGGGCUCUAGAGAACUAUGUCUCCUUUUGUUCUAAGUCUUCUCCUUCUUUAAUGUGUUGUAAUUUUUCUAACAUUAGUAGGAACUGUAACUUUGCGGCACACAAUGUUGCCAAGUGGGCCUUUACCCACCAAGUGUUUGGAUCGAUCCCGAUCAAUUCUGUUCCGGAAAACAUUUUAUGUAACGACCAUGAGGUCUAG